CGGGCCUGGAGCGGCUGCUCUGAAGACUGGCGUGCAGCAUGGAGGCCCACGGCGAAUCCCAGUCCGACGCGAGCUGUUCGUCGUUUUCCCGGGACGGCUCCGGGGUCUCGGUGUCCAGGGAACUGCUGACGGCGGGCAGCGGCGGCCGCGGAGGUAUAUGGGACAGGUUGCUCAUCAACUCCAAGCCUAAUUCCAGAAAGAAUUCCACUCUUCAAACAGUUCGGAUAGAGAGGAGUCCCUUAUUGGACCAAGUACAGAGCUUUCUCCCACAGAUGGCUCAGGCAAACGAAAAGCUAAGGAAAGAAAUGGCAGCUGCACCACCUGGUCAUUUCAAUAUUGAAAAUAUUGACGAGACUCUCGGAAAAGUUAUACAAAUGGAUGUGGCCUUGUUUGAGAUGAAUCAGUCUGAUUCAAAAGAAGAGGACGGUUCAGAAGAGAAUUCACAAGACAGUUCAGAGGACAGUUCAGAAUCUGAGGAUGAAGAUGAUAGCACCUCUUCUGAAGGUGAAGUCACCAUCGAUACCAUUAAGCUUCCUCAUUCAGAAGAUGGAAAGGGCAAAAUAGAGGUUCUGGACCGUCCUGCCAGUGAAAAAAAAGAAACAGGGAAAUAAACAAUCUGAGAAACAGGUGAUAGAUGCCUGCUAAUUCUGUGAAAAAGAACGUGACUUGCUGGUUAUUUUGCAUUUCAGAUACCUAUGGUGCUUUUUUGCAAUAUUGAAUGUAUUUUGCUUCUUGGAGAAACAGAAGCUGGCUUUUAAAGAGUUGGAAGAGAGAACAUUUGGGGAUCUUCUAAGAGCAGACUGUUUUUGGUCUCAUGCUAAAGAGAUUUAGUUUAGAAAGCUUAACUUUAUGUAUGGUGAUGAGUGAAUUCGUUGGCAUCCUCUUUCAUCAGCACAGACUUCAGAAAUCUCAAACUUGUUUUAAAGUAAAAAUACAAGUUACCCGUUUGUUUUUGUUUUAAAUUGGCCUCUUGGAUAAAACAACCUAGGUUGGGGUUUUUUUUAGGUUAUUAUAAAGUCAAAUUUAUUUGUUACCAUCAAAAUGGGUUCAGUGAGGGAGAAAUUUUUUUUUUUUUAACAUCUUUAUUGGAGUAUAGUUGCUUCACAAUGUUGUAUUAGUUUCUGCUCUAUAACAAAGUGAAUCAGCUAUAUGUGUACAUACAUACCCAUAUCCCCUCCCUCUUGCGUCUCCCUUCCACCCUCCCUAUCCCACCCCGAGGGAGAAAUUUUUUACAAAGAAAAGAAUUACUUACAUUUAGAUGCCCUCAGACAUAUCUACUUUAAUUAAAAAAAAAAAACCCUUUCCAGUUUGAGCUGGAAAACUGGUGCUCUGUGGUUUAAUCACUGUCAGUGACUCUGUAGCCUCUCAAUGCAUGUAGAAUUUACUGGUUGGAAAAAUUUGUGGGUUUUUUUGGUUUUGUUUUUUCUUUUUCUCAUAAAGCAAUUUGUCUGUUUGUUUCAGCUCUUAAAAUUAUUCCUUCCAGUUGCCCACAGUUUUGAAACCUAUUAAUUGUAGAGAAUAGGGACACCCCAGGAAAAUAGGGCACAGUACAUAAAAAAGGUAGUAACAGGUUUUCCCUUUCAAAAGGCAAAAUGAUCCUGCAUUGGAGUUGCCUUUCUGCCACAUUCUUGAUCUUAUUUAACUUGUUUGGGAUCUCAUCUGCCAUGGGACUGGCUUUGCUCAGGAUAUAGACCUGAGAAUUUAAAGGACUGUCUCCAAGUGCAUUGAGCUGAUGGGACUUUGUUGCCUAAUAUUUUAGGAUUUUGUUUUAACUAUUUUUUCCUACUCCUCUCAUUAGCCUGCGACAUCUUGUAAAUACUCUGAAGGUAAUUCUCCAAGUUCCUUCUGGUAUUUUUCAUUGGGAAUUGGAAAUUGGCUGUGCACUCAAGGUAUGCAGAAGUGAACAGAUCUGGAAACGAGACGUCUCAGCUGCAAAGGGUAUUAUGCUGUACUUUGUAGCACCAAACACAGCUGUGAUGAAUUAGUGGUGUGAAUACUUAAGGAUUGUCUUCUACCAGAUAAUAUUUAUGCCGCAUUGUGGGAAGAGUUGCAUUCAUCUGGUUCACUCCUUAGCUUGGUGCAUGGUACACAGUAAGCACCGAAUGAUGUAGAUAAAUGAAUUAACAGGUAUAUUGAGGAUGUACAGGGCAUUUUAAGCCAUGGUAUCCAUGCGGAUAUGAAAGUGUAACUUCACCGGAAAUACAAAGCCAGGUAGAAAUAGUCUGAUGGUCAGUGAAAGAGACUAGUCAGUCUAGAAAUACAUACUAGUGUGUAGAAUUAUAUUUCUCUCCUGCCAUGGCCUUCUCAUAUAAUACAACUAGGUAUUCUAUACAGUUAAAGAAGUCAACUAAAUUCAGUUCCUCUGGACAUUCUUAUGACAUAGGAGGAAAAGGAAAAACAAAAAUUUAAUACGUAAUAGGGAUGUCGUUUUAAGUAAGUGUAAAAUGGUUGAAUUAUUUAAUAUACAGCGUCAGGGAUGGCUGUUUUCAAACAAAGUUGGAUACUAAGAUAAAUUAUGUAUGUCUUAAAGGUUUAAAUAUAAAGAAAUAAAAUUACAAGUUUCAUACUAAAAUAUAGGUGAAUAUUUAAUGACAUAGUUAAGCAAAAGUUUUUUUUUUUUUUUUUAAAGCAGAACAUCAAAGCUUGAAAUUACAAAGGAAAAGAGCAUAGAGUCAAGUUUGAGAAUCACUGGUCUAGGUCUUAGGUCCUCUUGACUUCGCUUUACCCACUGGAUCCCAGGAAUACUUCCACCACACUCUCAUGACGACAUAUUACUUCACUUGACCUACCAAGACCUCUCAUUCUGUCACACCCCAACCAUCCCAUCUGUUUCCAUCAUUUGUCCCAAAGCUGCUUUAGAGUAGUCUAUACCGUCUGCUUAAACUCCUAACUUUUCACCCCUCUGCAAUUUGGCUUUUGAAACUGUUUCCCUAAAGUCUUCCAUUACUGAGUAUUCAUUCGGCUGCCAUCUGAACUAGACUGUGUGAAUGGAACUCAGUUUCUUCCUCUUCAGAUCAUCCUGUUUUCAUCCUCACAGUGAAUGAUACCACUGAACUAAAGCCUGGAGUUCUGGGGGCUCUGAAAUAUGAACUAGAAUGGAAUUUCCACAAGGCUGGUGACUUUGUCUGGAACAUGGCCAUACUGUGCGGCAUGCGGGAUCUUAGUUCCCCAACCAGGGAUCGAACCCGGGCCCCCUGCAUUGGGAGCGCAGAGUCUUAACCACUGGAGCGCCAGGGAAGUAAGUCCCCUAUAGCCCUUUUUUGGUUGUUGUUGAAUUUUAUUUUAUUUGUUUUUUGUACGGCAGGUUCUUAUUAGUUAUCCAUUUUAUACAUAUUAGUGUAUAUAUGUCAAUCCCAAUCUCCCAGUUCAUCCCACCCCCCCACCCCCAUAGCCCUUUUAAAAUUAGUGUAUCAUUUAAGAAUGUUUAUAUCAUGUAAAUCAUAUCUCUGAUAAGGGGUUAACAUCCAGAAUAUAUAAAGAACUCCCACAACUCAUCGAAAACCCCAAACAACCCAGUUUAGAAAUGGGCAAAGGACUUGAAUAGACAUUUCUCCAGAGAAGAAAUACAAAUGUCCAAUAAGCACAUGAAAAGAUGUGCUUUUAUAUCAUUAACAUUAGAGAAAUGCAAAUAAAACCCACAAUGAGAUACUACCACAUCCAUGGGGACGGCUAUUAUAAAAAUAAAACACAGAAAAUAGCAACUGUUGACUAGGUUGUGGAGAAAUCGGAAUCCUUGUGAAUUGCUGGUGGGAAUGUAAAAUGGUGCAGGCCCUCAAACCAAAAAAUGUAGGGACUUCCCUGGUGGCACAGUGGUUAAGAAUCCGUCUGCCAAUGCAGGGGACACAGGUUCAAUCCCUGGUCCAGGAAGAUCCCACAUGUUGUGGAGCAACUAAGCCUGUGAGCCACAACUACUGAGCCCACGCGCCACAACUCCUGAAGUCUGUGCACACUAGGGCCCAUGUGCUGCAAUUACUAAAACCUGCAUGCCUAGAGUCCAUGCUCCACAACAAGAGAAGCCACUGCAAUGAGAAGCCUGCGCACCGCGACGAAGAGUAGCCCCCGCUCGCUGCAACUAGAGAAAGCCCAUGCACAGCAAUGAAGACCCAAUGCAGCCAAAAAAAAUAAAUAAAAUUGAAAAAAAAAUGUAGAAUUACAAAAAAAAGAUAAGAGCAUAAAAUUCAUAAAUAUUUAAAACUAGUGGGUGAAAAAGAAGUUUAAAAGUCAAGGGACAAAUUGGGAAAAAUAAUUUCAAUGUAAGGCAAGAGUGUUAUUAGUAUAUAAUGGGCUCUUACAAAUUAGUAAAAAAAAAAAAAAGACUAAUAUCUCAAUAGUGAAAAGGCCUUAGGACUUGAACAGGUAAUUCACAGGAAAAAAAUGUUCGGUCCCAUUUCUCAAAGAAAUGCAAAUGAAACCAAUGUUGUAUUUUUUACCUCUCAAAGUGGCAGAUGAAACAACAGCUAGUACUUAACUGAGCCCUUUUUGUGUGUCAGCCACUAUUCUAAAUGUUUUAUAUGUUUAAGAGUUACUGCCACUCACACACAAAAAUUUCUCGAGUUACAUAUUUAACAUCGGUGCACUUUAUGUAUGUUAUACUUUAAUUAAAAAGCUGUUUUGUUUGUAAGCAGUGUGCUCUACAGUCUCUUGGAAACUAAAUCACCGUCAUGCUUUGGUUGGUCUGACCCUGUGGGUUCUCUGCCUGAUGCUUUGGUGUGAGGUGAUGGCCGCCAUUUGGAGAACGGUUCUGUUCCUGCUAAGGCUGAUGAAAUGUUCUCUUCAACCUUGUGUAUUAUCUUUCUAUGGCUCUUUGACAGUCAUAAAUCAGAAAAUAAGGUGUAAUGGUCUUUGAAGCAAAAAUAUUCUUAAUGUAUCUCCUCUAUCUAUUCUCCUAAUACUUUAAUUGUGCAUCAAAUAUGGUACUUAUAAAAAAACUGCCUUGCAAAGUAGCUUGUAUUCCUGUGCCUGAGUCCACUACUAUGGUAGGAAAGACAGGUAAAGAGGUUGAGUCUUUCAUUUGUAUUUCCCUCAGUGCUUGGCAUGGUGCCUUUCACUCGGAAUGUACGAUAAAUGUUCCUGAAACUUUUUUUUCCUCUUGAUGCCAAUAAAGUAAUACAUCUUAAACAUCA